AUUUAUUACUUAUAUUUUGCAGGUCCACCUGAGUGAUGCUGGCGGUAUGGCGAUCCUCUCUCAGCUGAUCUGGAUGUCUGCUUAUCAGCUAUUGGAGACACCACCACCUACGCCCCAGGUUCCUCUAAGGACUUCACCCCCUGGGAGAACCUUUGUACCAAAGGUGGUGGUGAAGGGAGAAGCACCUGUGCCGCGUCCGUCAAACCCUUUUGACUGGACAGUUGUCAGCAAGGGCAGGAAGGUGAGACAUUGCAUAUUGUAUGUGUGUUUUAGUUUUUGGAGUGGAAGAUUUUUCCUGACUAGUGUAACACUGUGCGGACAAAGUGAUAUCCAUUUGUUGCUGUACCUGUGUGCAUGUUUUGGCUUAUUUUCAAGAUACAUUUGCAACAAUGGUCUUGUUCUUUUGUUUUCCACAGGCAGAUGAAACAUCAGUCAAGUGUUUCAUCCCGCUGAAUCCCGUCCGUUUCAGCAGUGCCGUGUUGGAUGCGAUGGACAAAGCUGUCCCAUCGCAUCUCCCUAGCCCUGUGUGCACGGCUGUUCCACAAGGCAAACUGAAGCCAAAUGUGGUCCGCCGGCAGAAAGCUGUUGCCUCAAAAAGGAAACGUGGACAGCAGCAGGUUGGUAACUUUUCUUUUUUUAAAUGUUAUAUUUACAUUUUUCUUUUGUAUAGUUUGAGAAGAUAGUAAUGACAUAUUUACCUGUUUGUAAUAUUCAGGGAGUAAUUGUGAAACAAUGAUAAAGUACAUUUAUACAGUUCUUUCAAUUGUGUUUCCUUCCUAGGUUGUGGCUAAACCUGGCACCCAGCUCGUGUCUUGUGAGGCCUCACCUGGCUGUCCUGUGAAAGACGUUCUGCCGGUGGAGGUUUGUGUGAAUGUAUUUUACACUUCAGCAUUAUUUACAAUCAUGCAAGUCUAGUUUAAAUUGGUAGCCUAUAAGGUUGCAUAUAAAAAACAUGGAUUAGUUAUACACAUUGUAUAUCUGUAAAGUCGAAGCAAAUUGUAUAAUACAGACCUAAUGUUUAUAAAGGAUGUUUUGUUCUUGCACUAGAAGCCAGAAGAUAUUUUGUGUCACAGCAGACUUGCAAGGAAGUAUUUUAGUAAUGUGGUUCAUUCAUUUUGUUUAAUUUUAUUUUGUUUUUGCUUUUUGUGUUGUAGGAGGAGGCAACCCCCUGUUUUGUGGAGGUGUUUUCCCAGGAUUCACCUACCAUUGUCAAGACAGUGGUUGCAGGCGAGGAGGAGGAGGCAACCCCUUGUGUUGUGGAGGUGUUUUCCCAGGAUUCACCUACCAGUGUCAAGACAGUGGCUGCAGGCGAGGAGGAGGAGGGAACCCCUUGUGUUGUGGAGGUGUUUUCCCAUGAUGCACCUACCAGUCCCAUUCAAUUGGUUGGAACAGAGGAGGUUUGUGCUCUUAGUCUGAAUGUUUUUGAAUCUAGUCAUCAGCUAUGCUAUUGUUAGUGUAGUAUAUGCAUGAUUGAAAACAGUUUUGUUAUUAUUUGUAGUAGUAGUAGUUGCACUUUGGAAACGUAAUAUAGUCUAGAUGAAAUCAAGUGUAAACAUGGAAAUAGUAACCAGCCUUUUUUGUUGAACUCAAUAAAUACACCUAACUAGAUGAAGACUAACUAAAGGUGUAAUACAGUCUGUGAUCGAGAGUGUUUUGUUUUGUCUAUUUCUGAUGAGGAUGAUGAUGGGAGCGCACUGAUCAAAAUCUCCAUUUAUCUUUAUUACAGAUGCCGGACAAGGAGAGUCUUCAUCAUCAGCACUCAUCAGGAUCUGGUAAGGUGAAGAGCAAGGCUAGCCCUGGCUCCAGCGUAUUAUGGUCUUCUGUAGUAGCUGGUACUUCUAGCCAUGUUCAACAUAGUGUAACAGGUUCGUAUCAUCAGGGUAGUAAUCGCUUUAAAUAUGGGGGAUUCCAAUGUAUGGCUGUUGGUUUGGUAAGUCUGGCAAAACAUGCGGUUGACAGUGUUUUUGCAUGGCAGGUAAAAGAUCUAGACAGGGUCGUAGUUUUAGGUGAUCAGUUGUACACGUCUUUGAGAGACAACAAGAAGAUUAGUGGAUCAUCUAAAUUCUUGUGUGUUCCUGAUUUGCCAAAGCACUCGGUUAUAGAUGGACAUAACUUUGAGUUUCGUUAUGGUGACUAUGUUUCGGGUGAUGUCAGUGUGGUUGAUGGAGAGUUUAUUCAGGCUGGCAUAUUCAUGUCUCUACAAAAUGGCUUGAAAAACAUGUUUGAGAAAUAUGAUACAUGUUUGCUAACAUUGUGUGGUACCACGUGUGCAGUCAUUCGUCAAAACGGACGCUAUGCGGUUGUUGAUUCCCAUGCGCGCAGUGCUGCUGGAAUGCCAGAUCCUAACGGUAAUAGUGUUGUUGUAUAUUUUAGUUGUCUUAAAGAGGUGUACAGUUUCAUAUGCAAUUUGUCUACAUCUCUCACUCAAAAUGACAGACCAUAUGAGAUUGCUGGUGUUCGUGUCAUUUGCGGGGGCAGUAAGUCUGAGUUGAGAACAACAAAGUGUACUGACACUGUCACGACUUGUGAAACUGCAUCCAUGGCUUUCGGUUCAUCGCUGGUAUGUGGUAUUCCUUCAGGAAGUAAAGUUGACCGAGGUACAAAGCGUAAGAUUACAGGGCAAACUUGUGCUGCUAAGAAAAUGAAAAGGAAUAAUGUGGCUGUAGUGAAUUCAGAUGUUGUGUUUGUCAGUGAUGUAACUUCGAAAAAGCUGUGGUUUGAUCCCAUUUGUAAAGAUGUUGCGCAGGCUUUAUGUACACAGUUUAAUGUAGAGUUUGAGAAAUAUGAUGCACCAAUGCCUACAGAAGUUGGUCUGUUGGGAACGCCGUGUAAGAAUGAGAAAAUAGUGGCUGACGGUAACUGUUUCUUUAGAGCGAUUUCCCAAGCUGUUAGUGGAACACAAAAGAACCAUAGGAAAAUUAGACUUGCUGUUGUGAAACAAUUAGAGAGUAAUGCUGCGGACUAUAAAAGUAUCUUGAGAAGUGAAUAUUCUUCAGUGGUAGAAUACAUUAAAAGUUCAAAAAUGCGAUAUGUUGGCAGUUGGGCAACUGAGGUUGAAAUACAGGCAGCAGCAGAUUGUUUAGGAGUUAAUAUCUUUACUUAUCAUGAUGAUCGAUGGCUAGAAUAUAGUUGCAAAUAUAGGUGUUUUUCAAAACAGGGGAUCUACUUAGAAAAUUGUAAUGGUAACCAUUAUGAAAGUGUUGUUUGUGUUCAUCAGCCUGAACUCCAUAGUUGUUAUGGUAGCUGCAAGUUGAACAGGUCUGAGUCCAAAGUGUACAAUUUGAGACGGCAGAGUGCAGAGGAAUGUUCAUGGGUUAGCGCUGUGACAGAGAACACAAGUAAGAGCGAUCAGAAAGUCCAGGAACAGAGUACAGCAACAAAUAAUGCUAUUUCUAAGUAUUUUAUAAAGAAAAAGUAUCUACAAAUGAAAAAGAAAUAUCAGGAAAUUGUGCAGCAUAGGGAGAAACGGACUUAA